CCGAGUCGCGCCGAGUCGACGCGCUGCGAUGGAGGAGAAACACGCCGCGGAGGGGAACACGACGUGGUUCUCCGAGCUCGCGAACGAUGACUUGGAGAAGAAGCUGAGGCACCGGGACGAGGACGAGCGCACGACGCUGCACGUCGCCGCCGCCGCGGGGCACACCGAGCUCGUGGAGUUCUUCCUGACGAACGCCGUCGGGCGCGGGCUCGUGAACAAGACCGACGAGGCGCGCGUCCCACCGCCAGAUCUCAUCGCCGGAUCGAGUCUGGAAGACUGGACGCCGCUGCACUCCGCGGCGUCGUGCGGCCACGUCGGCGUCGUCGCCGCGCUCCUCGCCGCGGGCGCGAACCCGAACGCCGCGAACAGCGGCGGGCAGCGCCCCGCGCACUACGCGGCGAGCAAAGGCGCGUUCUAUGUCAUCACACUGGUUCCCAUACGACCGCGUUCGUGUUGUGAACGCCGUUUCUUAAGGACUCUCGCCGUAGUCUCUCUGCGCCCACCCCUCGGUUUCAAUAUCGACAUACCGCGACGCCUUUCAACUCCGCUUCUGACGCCUUCGAAUUCCACCCCGACGUCGCUUCGAACGAUGGGCCCUCGACCCGAAGGCCACCUCGAGACGCUCGCGAAGCUCGUCGCCGCCGGCGCCGACGUCGCCGCCGCCGACAAGACCGGCAGCACGCCGCUGCACCGCGCGGCGAGCCAGGGCCGCGUCAAGAUCGUCGCCGCGCUGCUGGACGGGUCCUUGCCCGGGGGCGCGACGUGCGACGUCGAGGCGAGGAACGGCGUGCGGCAGACGCCGCUUCUCGUCGCGUGCGAGGCGGGGCAGCACGACGCGGCGGCGGAGCUCGCGCGACACGGCGCGGAUCCGCGCGCGGAGGACGGGGAUGGGGGGUCCGUGGCGACGCUCGCGCCGAAGCUCGUCGCGGUGUUGCGGGCGAUUCGCGAGGGGGGCGGGUAAACGCGCCGCGCCGCGCGCGGGUGGCGGCGAUUCUUUCGUUCGCGUCUCGCUCGCGAACUCCUAAGUUAAGCUAGACGAGGGUCUUCUCGAGCCCUUCCAACAACUUUUUCUCGCGCGAGAGCAACCCG